GAAUAUUAAGUGUAGAAAUGAGGAGCAAAUGAUAAUAAAAAUUGUGUUGAGCCUUAAACCCUGUGCACACACAACACACACACUAGACGAAGGGAAGGAAGGAGAGAGAAAGAAAAUGUUGAAGUUCUUGUCGAAGGUGAGGAUCGAAUUCAACGCGCUGGACCCUCGAUUGGCAUCGUGCAUGGAGUUCCUGGCGCAGUGCAACGCCCGCAAGGCCAAGGAGUCCAACCCCAGCUGCCAGAUCCAAGUCAAGCGCCGCACCGACGAUUUCCCCCCGCAGAUCACCGUCACUUUCGUCAACGGCGUCGAGGAGACCUUCGACGCCACCUCCACCCCCGCCCAGCACAUCCGCACCCUCAUCCUCGACAAGGGCCGUGUCCUUGAAACCGAGCAGAUGUUCCGCGAGGCCGGCGAGAAAUGGCCGGUUCUUAUCCCCGAUCAUGAGCUUCACCAACCCUUUACGGGAAUUAAGCCAAAGAAAGCAGAAGACAAGCCGCAGCAAUGAAUGUUUGAGGAUUGGAUUAACCACAUGGAAUUUAUUGAGCUGCAAUUGCUAUGUUGACAGUCAUAUUUCUAGAGUUAGUGUAAAAUUUUUGCUUGUAGCUUUUGAGAUAUAUUUUGGAGAUCGGUAAAGGUAUCUUUGUGGAUCUACAAUAAUAUAGUAUGUUGGGUUUUUGUUGCGAUUUCAAUUAGCAAUUAAAAACACUCAAAAUCUCCAAGAAACAGUCAAAUUACAUUAUUGCAAUUUAUUAUGAGAAUGAAGCAAAUUAUUUACCAA